UUUUUUAUCAACAUCGCACGAUUGAGGGAGAGCUACACCAAAUUUUUCAUUGACCCUUCGUGUAUGUUUCCCCAUGCUCUUCGAAAGAAGUAUAACCAGAACUAAAGUUUCCAGUAGGACUACAGAAGUUGUUGUAUCAUGGCGGCCCCUAUCAAAUGAAAAAAUGUCUGGGUCUGGGAGAUUGCGAGAUUUGUCAUGCUUGCCUGGCAUGACUCUGAACUCUGUGUUGCAUGGCCGCGAAGAGCUCCGCCUCCCUGUCAUGCAAAAACGCAGUUUCUCAUGCGGAGUACGCAACUCAGAACCAUGGAAAAAACUUGUCAUGCUUGGCAGCGCAUUAUAGUGAGUUCACUAUUCCCUUUCUCGCAUCACAAGUUUCCAGACCCAGACACUUUUGCAUUUGAUAGCCCCGAAGGACAUAAUCUUUGGUCGUUUGAACGCGGAGUUGCACCACCGAGCGCCCGCCGUUGCCCAAAGCGUGGUUGAACGCGCACCGACGGAAGCACUUGCUCCACCGGUAUUAAACCCCCGAGAUUUGGUAGCCGCAGUGGAAGAGAACGUCGUAGUUCCGCCGGUCGCAAGCGCAGCAACAGCAGCAGCAGCAGAAGCACAAGAAAAGGCUAACAGUCUGGUAGAAAACAACUACACAGCCGCGUCCGCUGCUGUUAAGGAAGACCCAGUGCUGACUACCAGUGCAGCAUUCGUGCCGGCGAGACCUACUAUCGAAGCGGAGGGUGAAGCUGCUGGGGCUGACGACGUAGUGGAGGAAGAGGUUGUGGAAGAGGUGGACAGUGCAGUACCCGUGGUUGUACCAGAACUACCUACUCGCGUUACUACCGACGCCGCUGCAGAAGUCGCAGCUUCUACUGGAAACACAACUGUAACAACACCCGCAAAUCCACAUACAGUUCCUGCUGUCAGCCUAACCGGAACAACCACGAUGGCUACCUCGACGACGAAGAACCCGUCAGGCAGUUCUCCUGGAGCGGGAGCUGCGCCGCAAGCUUCCAUCCCGAAGAAGAAGCCGACGCCGGCGAGCCGCGCGAAGGACACGUCGCAGGCCAGCGCGGACCCCGAGGCGGUCCCGAUUCUGAUCACGUUCGUGGACGUGCACCACUUUGAAACGGAACGCUAUUUCUUCGCGGAGAUCUCCAACGCCGCGUUCCAGCGGCGGGUGAUCGGGAGAAGCCAAACGCUAUCCGUCGACGUGACGUUCGAAACAGAGUUGACGAUCCGGGUGUACGAGUCCCGGGAGCAGGCGUAUUCCGACCCUUCGCUGGUGAAGGCGGUGGGGAAGUUGCGCAUUCCCAUGGCGAAAGUCGCGAAGAUGCGGGGGUUGUACCGGCAGUGGUUCAAUCUGGACCUCCCGGACGCGCCCUUCGGGUCCUCGGCAAACUUGGCCUUCGAGAAAAACUACUUGCACGUCGCGGAAGAGGUGUUCGUACCCAAAAUCUGCCUCAGCAUCACCCCCGGCGCCGGCGUGGGGAAAGGAAGGGUAAUAUGGAAUUCUUAGUCAUAGUUGUAGAGGAAGCGUGUAUGGUCGUAGACUUCUUUGCUGUUUUCGUUUGGUGCAUAAGUUGUAGCCGGCCAGUGCUCGAGAAGAUUCAUAAUAUGGCACACGACAAGAGCGUCGAAAUAUGAAUCCUGAGUUUUUAUUAGGAGAACAAACUGAAAAACAGCCCGGCGACGGCCUCCCCGACGUGGCUGCGGUCCUCGCGUCGCAGCGGCAGCUGGAAGCCUACGUCGAUACGCUGCACAAUGAGUUGAUGUACCACAAGAAGCAGAACCCGUAUUCCCUGCCGCAGAAGGAUAGCCUGAACAUGCAGGAGAAGAUGCGGUUGCACAAUUUCUACGAGAAGGAGGGCCCGGUCUCCGCCUUCCAGUCAAUCAACGGCAACACGGUGGAGGCCCAGCGGCUAAUGGACCAGGGGCUCAAUGUAUCAAAGUGAAAAGUGGUGCCCCCCCGACCCCUAAAUGUGGAACUGUUUGUAUUGCAAAAUUUCCCAAGGGGAACAUUUGCCGCCUUGCAUGUAUCAGCAUGACACAUGUUCAAGCCAGAGAAGUCGAAGUCUGUGCUGCGCAGCGCAACAGUAUAAGCGAUAGAGCUGGGCUGUUGAAAACUUGCGCAACUGGCUUAGAUAUUCUGAAACAAAAUGCGUAUAGAGCGUUAUCUUUUCAUGCAAGAGGUCAAAAGUAAGAGUUUCUCAUGUGAAAAUUUUUUUUGUAAAUAGAUACAAACUGCGCGGUCCACCGUUGUUGGUGGGGCACCAUGUUUCAUCUUGACACAACGCGCCAAAAUCGCUGUUGAUCGGUCCGAAGUCUCCGCCGGUGAUUUCGAUCGACAAGUACAAGAAUUUGAACAAUCUGAAGCAGUCGGGUGUCUACGACCCGAAGGUCGCCCCGCUGUACGAAGCCAAGGACAAGGGCGGGACGCUGGGUAAAAUCGUGCAGUCGCCCGAGUACGGCUACGCCCACCUCGACGAUCCGUUCAUCGACGAGCACCCGGGCGGCGCCGAGGUGAAACCGGGCGUGCCGGACCUGUACGCCGCGAAGGACAGCCGGCCGAUGACGGAUCCGCACCGGAAGUCCUCGAAGGGCCAGUUUUUCACGGAGAGCACGUCGCAGGCGCUGGACCUGCGGGCGGAGAAACAGAAAGUGGAAAAGAAGGACGUGUGGGAUAUUAAAAUGAAAAAUGCCCCCACCCCCGAACUUGAAAGCAUUUGUAUUGCAAACCUUUCCAAAUGAAACAUUCGCCCUCUUGCAUGUAUCAGCAUCACAGAUUUCCGAUCGUGAAUAGCAAGAAUUUGUAUUGCAAAAGAUCCCAGUAAGAGCGGUGCUUUUCAUGCAAGCGAUGCGAAACACGACUACGAUCUGCAUCAGAAAGAUUCAUACUCCUUUCAUGCAUGACAAAAAGUUUCCAUUUGGAAACUUCGCAUCACAAAUUUUUGCAACUUUGGGGGUGGGGGGCGCUUUUCAUUGUAAUAUGGGAAAAGAUGAGCGCGAACGCGUUAUCGUAUUUAAAAACGUCCCCACACCAUAGUCAAGAUGGGAAAUCUGCAACACAAAUCUCCAACUUUUGGGAGUUCUGCAUGACAAGCUUCCAACUGCAGUGUAGUGCAGGGUAGCAAGGAAAGCCACAUGAGAAAGCCAUUUGCUCAUGCUGUUUGCAGCAUUACAAAUUGGAAAACACGACUGGAAAUGCCUCUCAAGGAGAUGCGCAUUACAAAUGUUCCUGUCAUUGCACAUUUGCAUGACAACUCUGGUGUGGGGACGUUUUUACAUAGGAUACGCGCUAGCCGCGCCGACGGGCGUGAAAACCGACACGAAAAUUUUGCCCGUCGGGCUGCCCGGGCAGCUGGAGGCGCUGUCCGAGGAGCAGCAGCUGCGGGAGGAGAUUGAGCACCGCCUGCGCAUGGAGAAGGAGGAAAAGCUGUGGCAGGAGAAGAAGAAACAGCAGCAGCAGGCGAAGGAGGGCGGCGCGAAGGGCGCGGGCCCCAGCUUUUACGACACGGCGACCAAGGGGAAAAAACCCGGGGUCGACGUGAAGAAGGACGAGGUCCGGAUAAACGCGAUCUCCAUGAACAAAGAGGAGGAAAGCAACUAUCUGGAAGAGAUCGACGCGUUGAAAAACGCGCCCGGGAACAAGAAAAAGCUGUUCGUCACGCUGGAGGACGGCACGCAGGUGGAGUUGGCGCAUGUCGUAUCUUCGAAGUCGAGCAAAGGAACUUCUUCUGCCCGCUACACCAGCCUCGUGACGGCGCCGGCGUUCGAGCUUGAUCCGAAAGUGGCCGCGGACGAGCGGAUCAAGCGCCGGGAGAGCCUGUCGCGGGGGAAGCGCAUGAGCGACCAGGUGAACGAGCCCUUGACCUUGAACCAAGCGAUCGAACUCGGACCGCUGUCCGAGCUGGCGGGCCACUCGGCCAGCAUCGGCCUGUCCCCCGUCCCAGACUUGCCGGCCGUGGACAUGGGCCCCUUGACGAAGGUACAGAGCGAGAAGUUCACGGCCGUGCAGCCGAACCUGCAGAUGCUGUCCCACCAGCUGCAGCAGCAGCUCGCCAAAUUCCCGCCGCAGGGACUGAAGCUGGAGCAGCCGCCCAUGCCGCUUUUGAAGACGAACCUGGACGGCGAACUGAAGUUUGCCCAGUUCCCCCCGCGAACCGCGGGGUUGGCGUACCGCGGGUCGGUCUCGUCCGUGGCGGGCGGGGCGGCGGGGAGCAGCGAGAAGCAGCAGCUACUCGACAUGACCCCGGUGUACCGCGCGAUGCAGGACGAUCCGAACUCGGUCUUCAAAGUGCCGGAAAACGUGGUGCUGCCGAAGGAAACGGAACGGGAAAUCAACCAGUCCGCCCUCGUAUGGAUUGUAAAAAUGUCUGGGUCUGGAAGGAUGCAACCUGUGAUGCUACCUUUGGACUCUACAUAAAAUCUGUAUUGCAUGAACAGCAAAAAAGGUCCAGUUUUUUGCUACGCGAAAAGGGUAUUUCUCAUGCGGUAUGGGCAUCAGAAAGUCCUCGGCCUCGCAGAGUCUGUGAUGCUACGGCUUGCAUCACAGCCAUCAUGAGUCAUGCAAAAUCUGCAUGACAAACUCCUGCAUUCUUCCAGACCCAGACAUGUUUGCAUUUGAUACCUCGUCGGCGCGCAGUUGGUCGGAAACAGCACGGAAGAUAGCAUCAUGACAAAGCCGGAGCAGGCUUUAUCGAACCAGAGAAACGCCGGCGCCGCGGAUGUAGUGUCGGAUAAAAACAACAAAAACACGGUAAACAAAAUGGCGAAGGACCUGCAGAACGCAAACAACACAGGAGCUAUGUCCAGCGGGAACCUAGGCUCCGGUCGCGGAGACCAGAAGAACCAACCUGUGGCCAUGUUUUUCCCCGAGAGCUCGCGAAGUGAAAGAGACAGCUCGGAGGAAGAGUUUCUGAAGCAGAAUGUCAGCUUUCUUGACAUGGAAGUUCACCUGGACAGGAGUAGCUCUAUCGCUGGUGGUGCUACUGAGCAAGAGCAAUCAGGGAUUUUGGAUCAACAUACUGAGACCACGGCAAGAGCAGCAGCAUCUCUAGUACUGUCGGACGAGAAACAGACUGCAGGUGUACAAGCUGGGACCACCGCGAAUAAAAAGAAGAAAACACGAAGUAGAUCCAGUUCAAUAUCCGGCAAGAGGAACUACGCGGAGCAGAACACAACAUUUCUCUUCUCCACCACAGAGGCGGGACCGGCUGGUGAUAUAGAAGGUUUUAGGAAUGACACUGGAGCUGCUCCUGCUGUACCAGCAGCGUCCAGUCCAGAUUUUGUUUGGCCGCUCUCGAUCCGGUCCGCUUCCAGCACCGCGAGCCGCACGUUCGCCAAGCGACGCGGCUGGAGCAGCAGUACGAGUAACAGCAAUGUUUUUGGUGCCACGACGUCCAUCGAACCAAAACUGCUGGGCAGCAAGAAGACCUCUAAUUCUGUCGCAAAGAAGAGCAGGGCCUCGGGUGCAGCAGCAAGUUCGUCGAAAAGGUCUUCCAAAGGUGCGGGAGCUGCAGUUGCUUCAUCCCUGCAAGAAAAUAUUAAAUCCACAUUAGAACAACUCGCUGGAAUAACAACGACAACAAACACCUACCUGUUCGUUGCAGAAGGCGAGCAGGCCCCGGAGGACAUUCCUCCUCCCGCAGACGCCGCUGCUCCGCCGCCACCAACGGCUGUUAGUGCCAAGCCCGGUCCGCCGUCCUCCGUCGCCUCGUCGGGUGGUUCUCGCUCCUUCGCGAAGAAGCGCGGGUUCCAGCCGAAGCCGCGGGGGGAGGCGGAGGGCGAGAACGCCGGCAACAUGAUCGAGGUGACGUCCAACGCGAGCGGGCUCGCCGGGCAGCUGGACGCCGAGGUGAACCAGGCGGCCAAGGUGCGGGGCAUCAGCGACACGGAAAGCUUCGCGACGCCGGCCGACAAGAACCUGCGGCAAAUGACCAACAAGGGCGAGUACGUGUCCGCCGGGGCGCCGAAAAAGAUCAACGAGGAGAACUCGUCCGGACCCGGGGAGAGUGGGUCGGAGGAGGAAUCGGACGACGUCGGGCUGUCCAGCGACGACCAGUCCCGAUCGGAGCCCGGGAAGCCGCGGCUCCCCCCCGGCGCGACGGCCAUGCAGAUGAACGCGGCCAUCCCCGCGGCGGCCGACAAGGCGCAGCCGUUCGAGUCCUACGCGCACAUCGGCGCCGUGCACACCGCCAUGAACGACGUGAUGCAGCACCUCGCGGUCCGGCACACGCGGAUCCACAAGGAGCUCCAGGGGCUGGACAAGCACGCGCAUUUGCACCACCGCCAGCCGCUCCACAGCCGGCAGCACGGGUCGCGGAAGAACCGGCACUUCGCGCACAAGAUCGACUUUGUGAACGCCAACCCGAUCGACUUGGUGAACUACGGGAACGCGCCGAUGCCCUCCGACGUGGAGCUGUCGGACAGCGGGGACAGCACCUUCGAACACGUGCCCUUCACGUCACCCGACGUGAUGCGCUUGAUCGAGAAGCACUCCAUGAAGAUCCGGCCGAAGAAUCUGGAGAACACGAGAUACAACAACUGGGGCGGGCAGGAACCCAUCGACACGAGUUUGUCCCCCGAGGGGUCUUUAGAGCCCGGCAAGAACUUCCGGCGGAAGGUGGACUGGCGGGACACGCACGGAAACAAAGACCACGUGAAGAAGCACCAGGAGAACCCCGUCCCGAAGUACUCCACCAUCCCGGGCCACGAGGUGUACGACCACCGGAAACGGCAGUCGAAGACGAACGUGAUGAACCACCUGCGCAACCAGGUGCUGGACUCCGUGGAGAAGGGGCAUCUGUUCCAGCCGCCGGAGCAGUUGCACCAGGAGACGGAGACGUCGAUGCCCCCGCUGCCCCCGGAGGAGAACCCGCAGCUGUUUUACGGCCGGGAAAGAACCACCGCCCCGCAGGAGCUGCGGUCUAGUGCGAAGCCGAAGGAAAAACUCGACCUGCUGAAGGACUACUUCAGCUACCGCCUGAAACUGGACCGCGCGGUGAAGAAGGCGGGCGUGGUGGCGAAGUUGAACCCGCGGGCGAAGGAACCCACGGCGGGCACGGCGGCGAGCCACAUGCUGUGGUCCCGGAUCCGGGACAACCUCGGGCGCACGAAACUGCAGCUGAACAUGCAGGCGAAGGUGACCGGGCAGGACGUGACGCAGAACCUGAAGCACUGCGAGGACGUCGUGAACGACGCGUUAGAACACGUCCACGAGAAGAACGAGCACCUCGCGCAGAACAAGCACAACGCGCACAUGGCCUGGUCCAAGCUGCGGGGGGCCUUCUCGGUGAAGUCGUUCAUGGCCAAGACCAUGCGGUCCUCCGUCGAAACCCCGACGGACGAGCUGUUGAAGGACCUCUGCGCGGACAUGAUGCACGCAGUGGGCGAGGAGUCGAACCGGGUGGCGGAUCCCAUCGUGUUCGACGCGCUGCACGACCUGGAGCUCGUGAAGGAAGCGGUGCGGGAGAUCGUCGCGGACGACCUGUACGAGGGGGAGGGGGACGUGAUCCGGAAGCAGUUCGAGCAACAGGGCUUGUCCCUUCACACGCACGAAAACGAGCACAGCGAAAGAAAAACCGAGGAGGAUAGAAGUAAUGAACAGCCAGGCCCUGCUGAUUUCCAACUCCCGGCCACCACGUCCCAAAUCGCGAACAACUUGCUGUCCCAGCCGCGCCACUACGUGGACGUGCGGCAGCCGACCGGCGGCGCGGGCAGCGACGAGUUCCAGCACGCCGCGAUGAAAACACAGCUUUUGCUCGAGCAACUCCAAAACGCCACCACCACGCAGAAUGUGCAAGGCGGUAGUAUCGCGCCGCUCGGCUACCCCACAACGGGGGCUGGAGGUGGUUCCACCGCGCCCUCCGCCGUCGGGCCGCCGCAGUCCAUCGUCGGUCCGCAGCAGUCCACGGCUGCGUCGGGCUCCGCGAUGGCCGGCGUGGCCAACGCCACGGUGGCCGGGGCGUUCAACUUCGGGAUGUCGAUGCAGGGCAUGAGGGUCUUGCAGGAGGAGCAGCAGUCGUCCGCCCUGUCUACUUCCGGGUUCAGUCCGCAGUUCGUGCCCGGGAUAGGGACCUCGCUCGCAGCGCCCCUGCAGACCGCGGGCAGCGUUCUGAACCAGCAGAACAAUAAUUCCCCGUCCACGAGGCAAACCACGAUGAACACGACGCUCGCGAUGCAAUCCGCGUCCCCGGAGUGGAACCGGGCGAAAACGUUGGCCAACAUGAUCGCGGAGGAGAUCGACGAGGACAUCGCUUCGAACGGAACGGUCGAUAGCAACAAGGUGAACGGGAAAAUCCGGAGGGCGCAGGCCGAGACCCUGGCGAACUUGUUCCACUCGCAGGCGAACUUGUUGCUCGGAAACAACGUGCAGUUGACCGAUGAAGAGGCGAUUUCGCUGAAAGACAAGGCGGUCGGGCUGUCCAGGCAGCUGGCCAUGGUGGCCAACGCCGGGGACCAGAAGAAACUGGAGGAAAGCCGCGCGGAAGCGAAAAAAAUCACGGAGUCGCUCAUCAAGGAAAUCCAGAACUUGCAACGAAAAGCGAUCUACAUGUGACCAAGUGCCAGUUCAUCUUCGGUGGUUGUGACAGUGUUUGUGCUUGUUUAGAAGUACUUUGAGAGGCAUUUAGUUUGAAAAGAUACAAUUUCGUUGCGCAAAUUUUUUGAUAUUUUUUUCUUGAGUACAGUAAGCAGUUUUUGUUUUUCAGAUUCGAAAAGGAAAUUAAUCGCAGUAGGCAUGGCAACAAUGGAAAUCGACGUUUUGUAGAAAAAGCCCCUGAAGCAGAUUUUGAGACAUAAUUUACAACUUUUCACAUAUAACAACUUCAUUUGAUUAAGCAUAAUGUCAUAAGUUUUUCGCAAAAAAUUAGAAAUCAACAUAACGCAAAUUAGGCAGUACACAUAAAACGCCGCUUGUUAGGUACUUGAUAUUCAUCCACCUUUCUAAUUCUACCCCUGUUUGUUCCUGUAUUCCCAUACCACUGACCCCCUCCUAGUCCUAGCAGUAGUUCCGUAACGACUGGAAGGCAUGCAACUGCGCGGUAAUUAUGCAUUCGACAAGUUGAUGCUUGUCAUGCAUAAUGGAGCACCAGCGUACAAGACUAAGACACACGACGCCGUGACGCGAUUCGAGCGACAGCACCCCACGACCACGACCACGACCAUGAAUGGCACGUACCCCGUGCAAAAAGUGCGGUGACUGGUUUUGCUACAACUGGCUUCUCGUUCUUCAUAUAUCAUAAUCAAAAUCAUGUAGAGCAAUUGAUGUAGUGCAAGAAACACAAAUACUAGUACGAGCAGAACCAACAUCCUUCUGUGGCUCAUCGAAUCACGUGAACAAGUAGGAAGAAUGCCAAGUGCAUUGCGGUGCGACGCGACGCGACACGCAACGCCAUGAAAGAUCAACAAUAAAGCUCCACUAGUUACAAGAACCUGCUAGAUUGAUGUCAUAGCCUGACUUCUCAUUUUACGCAUGAUUCUCUCCGACGCAAAAGAUAGCAAUUGAAACGAG